CACAACUGAAAGAUAUCAGGAAAAAAAGGAUAAUUAACAGAGACUCUGAGAAGCCAGCUGUUGUUGCCGUGCGAGGCCGGCUCCGGACUUAUGGAAUGACAAAACAUGCUGAGAAUGUUUUGGUAAACAUGACAACUAUCUUCAAUAUUUCCGGCCGCUCACACGCGCCUCGCCGCGGGCGGAGCGGAGCGAGGGGCGCCGCGGCAGACAAAGCAAAGAUGGCAGGGAUCCUCGCCUGGUUCUGGAACGAGCGGUUCUGGCUGCCACACAACGUCACCUGGGCGGACCUGCAGAGCACGGAGGAAGCCGCCUUCCCGCAGGCGGAGGACCUCUACCUCGCCUUCCCCCUGGCCUUCUGCAUCUUCAUGAUCCGGCUGCUCUUCGAAAGGUUCAUUGCUAAACCAUGUGCCUUAGGCCUUAAAGUCCAAGCCAAUGGACCACAGAAAGCUCAACCUAAUGCUAUCUUGGAGAAGGUUUUCACAGCUAUUACAAAGCAUCCAGAUGAGAAGAGGCUGGAAGGCCUCUCCAAGCAGCUGGACUGGGAUGUGCGCAGCAUUCAACGUUGGUUUCGACAAAGACGCAACCAGGAAAAACCCAGCACCCUUAGGAAGUUCUGUGAGAGCAUGUGGAGAUUUACAUUUUACCUUUAUAUAUUUACCUAUGGAGUACGGUUCCUGAAAAAGACACCCUGGCUCUGGAAUACCAGGCAGUGCUGGAGCGGGUAUCCAUAUCAGCCCCUGAUGCCCGACCUUCAUUACUACUACAUAGUUGAAUUGUCAUUCUACUGGUCCUUAAUGUUUUCUCAAUUCAUCGAUGUCAAAAGAAAGGACUUUGGAAUCAUGUUUACACAUCACAUUGUAACAGUCACCCUGAUUACCUUCUCAUAUGUAACCAAUUUGACACGAGUGGGAACCUUGAUCUUAUGUCUCCACGAUGCGGCUGAUAUUGUCCUAGAGGCUGCCAAAAUGGCAAACUAUUGCAAGUGUCAAAAACUGAGUGACCUUCUGUUCCUUACAUUUGCUGUUGUCUUCAUUGUCAGUAGGCUUGGCAUAUAUCCCUUAUGGAUAUUAAAUACAACAUUGUUUGAACUAUAUGAAGCUCUGGGCAAUUUUCCUGCCUUGUGGGUCUUCAAUGUGCUGCUUAUAGUUCUUCAAAUUCUGCACUGUUUUUGGUCAUACCUAAUCAUAAAGGCAGCCUACAAAGCUAUUUCAAAGGGCAAGGCUGGGAAGUGGAACCCCUUGCAGGUAGCAAAGGAUGCCCGAAGUGACGUUGAGUCAAGCUCAGAUGAGGAAGAAACAGUACCUCGCUCAAAGGCCCCGCACAGCUCUGUCGCCACGAAUGGGACCAGCGGUGCCAACGGGACAAACGGGUAUCUUACUGGUGCCACUUCCUCAGAGGAGCAUUAAUCCUUCACUUCAGUCAUGAGACACGAACAGAAUGAACUGUUUGCUACUGGAAGUAAAUUAUAAAUUGUGAAUGCAGUUUAUUCAUGUAUUUCAGCAUCAGAAAAAAAUUAGGAGUAUCAAAGCAUUCUGAUAGCGCACUGCCAUAUUUCCUGUUUGUGAAUGAAGACAGCACACCACUCUGUAUACGUAGGCAUGCUGUAUGUGUAUGUAACUGACACAAUGGGAGCAGUAUUUUCACUUGUAUUGUCUGAAAUAUUAUUUAUUUUUUAUUAUUUUGGGAACUUCUGGACAAAAGGGAAUAUCCAUUCUCAAAGUUUGUGUCUUGGAUUCUCGGUAAUGGGGAGAGCAUCAUGCUCAGAUCUCUUCUGUCCAUUCCUGUUGGUUUUGCUGAAUCUGCUAUAAGUAAUAGUUGCUUGAUUUGUUACUUACAGUAAGAUAAAACAUAGCUUUAUAGAUUUUAGAUCUGCUUCAGAUAUUUUUGCUAUCUUUGUCUUUUAAAGUACUGGUUUUGAAAUCAAAUCACAGUUACUGUUCUUCCAACAGUUUGGGAAAAAAUGUGGUCAUUGUGGGAUAUUAUUUUAGCGUAAUUUAAAAUUCAAUUUGGUGGUUAAUUGCAUUAGAAGUAGACUUUAUUUGUUGUGCAAAUACCCAAAAACAUUGUUGUCAGCACUUAGGAUAAAUUCAUUAUUACCUUUUUUUUUUGGCCUUUCAAUUUUUGACCUUAACAGAUUUUAGCUUUUUGCAGAGAUUCCAUGUAAAAAGGUGUUUCUUCAAAUGCACCAUUCUGAAUCCAGACUUAUCUCCUGAAAUUGUUCUUGCACGUUUACUUGAUUGAGAGCAGGGGUGUAAUGGAAAAAACAGCAGAUUAAAAGUUCAUUUCUUCCUCAGACUCAGCUCAGUCUAGGUAUUGUUCUCAAAAUUAUUGCCACUUCCUUGGCAGGGUAAAGAGAGAGAAGGCAGAAUGUCAUACAUUACUAAAAUUAGUUUAUUUUAUGUGUGUGAGAACUUGAGCAAAAUUCACUUAGCAUAAUUCCUUUGAAUGCUCAGCAGUACUUCAUCACCUCUACAAAUAAAAUUAGGGGGUGUCUGUAAAAUAAUUUUGCAUUCCUUUUUCAUCCAAAAUUUACAAAUAGUGUCCCAAAGAAGACGUAAUAACACCCUAAGUAAACGUAUUUUUAAACAUUAUAUACAUACUCCUUCCAGUCUCUAGAUCAAAGUUGGAUGUAGGAUGCUAAAGAUCAUACAGCUCUUGCUGGACACUCUUCUGUGAUUUGUGACAGCAGUGCCAAAAGUAGGCAGGGCUCUUGGGUAACAGACUCUAUGCAACCUGCUGUUCAACACUAUUGGGUGUGCACACAGAACCAAUGUGCUUAUAGACCAAAGAUUUACAUACACACACACACAUAUAUAUAAAAGUUUAAAAAAUAAAGGAAGGAAAAAAAAGGGGAAAAAAAAAUCUCAAGCAUAUCUUCUACCUACAAAGGGAUUGGAGUCCUGUGUUCAGCUGGAAACCUGAUCCAUGAGGUAAUUUCUGAUUCCUUCCACUAUGCAAAUAGUAAAAUAUAGAUGGUUUCUGAUGCCAUAAAACAUGUUCAAAGACUCUAUUUUAUAUAGACUUCAUUGAAGAAAGUUGUGUUGUCACUUCUUUCUUUUGAAAACUGAGAUUUGUCCUAUUCUACUGGUCACUCUUGAAAACUUCUACAACUUUUUUUAUCCAUAGAAACCUCUUGUGUGUUAGGAAAAAGGAGGUGUGCUAAAAGCAAGGUUGGAAUGGCAUGAAUGGAAAUAGUACCUCAACUUAGUAAAGAAUAAAGGUAAGAAAACUCAGAAAUUGUAAAUCACAAUAGAUCUGUCAGUUCUGCUACCCACAGAGCAUCUUUUGAAAAAGCCAGAUAACCUUGUAAUCCAGCAGCUGCAUAGCUUAUAUGUCCAUGAGUAUAUCUGAGGGAGCAAGGGAGCCUUACUUAAAUCUUCUUCUCCCCAGAAAGUUUCUCUGCCUCUGAUCUUUUUCAUCUGUCUCCCAUGCAUUUGAUUUCAUAACAGUUUUCUGCAGGACAUGUUAUACAUGUGAAAAUAUGCUGAUUGCAAUAUAAAGUAUCCUAUCCAUGGUGUUUGCAGCUGUGUAGUAAUUACUGCAAAGAUGAUGCCAAGAUUUUAAAAUAAAACCAUCCUGGGGUCAAUUAAAUUAAGAUUUUAAUUUGUGAAAUCUGACCUGCUAAAAUAGAAAUGGAGAAUAUCAUUUAAACACACCUCUUUCAUGGUGUUGGUUACUACCUCCAUUGAAGCAUUUCCCUUCUGCAAAGAUGGUUACACAAAUGACAUUCUGGCAAAAUAUUUUGUCUUACAUGACAACAGAAUGUUGCUCUGAACUGUCAAUGUGCACAGCAUAGACCACAUGCUGCAAUGUUGGUAAUACCAGGGCAUAGAGCAGUCCCCAACAACAAUCCUGGUGCCAGAGGCCUUUAGUCCCUGUUGGUCCUCUUCAGCAAUGUUCUGUAAUGUUCAUUCAGAUGUAGAGUCAAGGCUACAACCCUUGAGAUGAUUUACCAUCACUACAUAUGCUGUUAGGGUAUCGCAGAAUCAUGGAAUGUUAAGGGUUUGAGGGGACCUUGAAGAUCAUCUAGUCCCAACCUCCCUGCCAUGAGCAGGGACACUUCACACUAGACCAGGUUGCUCAAGACCUUGAACACUGCCAAGAUUGGGGCAUCCACAGCUUCCCUGGGCAAGUUGUUCAGUAUUUUACCACCCCUGAAGUAAAGAAUUUCUUUCUAAAGCUAACCUAAACUUUUCUCCUUUUUGCUCCAAUCCUCUUAUCAACUUCAUGGCCCUUCUCUGGAUGUGCUCCAACAGUUCUAUGUCCUUCUUAUGUUGGGGACACCAGAGCUGGCUGCAGUACUCUGGAUGGAGUCUCUCAAGAGUGGAGGGACAGAAUCCGUGCCCUGCUGCCCAUGCUCCUGUGGAUGCAGCCCAGGAUACAUUUGGCUUUCUGGGCUGCGAGUGCACACUGAUGGCUCACGUUGAGUUUUUCCACCAACCAUCACUCCCAAGUCUCUCCACAGGGUUGCUCUCAACCACUUCUCCACCAAGGAGUGCCUGAGAUUGCCACAACCCAGGAGUAGGACUUUGCACUUGCUUACUUGAGCUUCAUGAGGUUUCCUUCAGCCUCUCUCUCAAGCCUGUCAAGGUCUCUUGAUCCCCACUGUUAAAUGGUGCAUCUGGGAUUGAAACUCUUCCUUUGAGGUUUAAAUUCAGUUACAUCUGUGAUGUGCUAAAGCAUGGAUGCAGUUACCUUGGUUCAGCUAAAACCCAAUGACAUGCUUAUCGCCUAUAAUCCUGGCUUUUUGGAGUCUGUUCUUAGCAGUCUUGGAUAAACUUCAUACAGGUAUGUCUGGAAAGUGAGAAAAGACACAAAUUUGGGGAAACAGGAUAAGAAGUCUUAAGAACUUUCCCAACCUUUGCUAAACAAUGACUGUUCUUUCAAGCUAGAGGUUUAUUAUAAAAAUUACAAAUUCACACUUUUUUUUUUUGGUCUCUAGCAGGAAAGACCAAGUGAUUUAGUGAUCAGACAUGGCAGUGUGCUUUAAUUCAUUGUUUCAGAUAAUGGGUGUGAAAACUUUGGCUUCAUCUUCCACUCUGCAGAGAAAAUGCCAUGCAAUUGUUUCCUUUUUCAUUUGAAUUUGAUUGCUUUUCUGAUUAAGAGCUUUGCAAGGUGCAUUUGGAGGUCAUUGAGUAUUUAGAGGUUAAUUGCACAUAUUUUAGAAGAUUGACUGAAAUUAUUCGCAUGAUUCAUGGUAAAUGUGAGGCUUUAAAAGGUUCUGUAUAUUCACACCUUUUGUAGAAUUGUAACUUAGUAAUUCUAGAAAUGAGAGUUUGUAUAACCUCUCUGUCUUUGAGUUCUAUGCUCCUUGUUUAUAGUACAGUACAUGACACAGUGGUUGAGAUGUCAAAGUAGAAAACGGAGGAAAUUAGAGUUUAUUAGUAAAUAGUAAGAAUUUGUCUUCUCUCCUAGACAGCCCAGAUUACAGUAAAACAAGUUUCAGGUUACCCUUUGUGUACUGUUUCCCAUAUUGGCAUAUUUUGUAUCAAAAGAAAAAUACAUGGUGGAUUUAUGGUUUUGUUUGGUUGUUUUUCAUAAAGAAGAACAUUGCAGAGAAUGGUAAAAAUACCUGAUCAAAAUAAGAGUGGACAUAGGAGUCUUUUGGGUCUUGAUCAGUGUUAAGUAGUGCUAGUUUUAAAGUACCAAAGUGCCCCAUGCUGUUUCCUUGUUGCCCUUUUGUAGUUUUUUCUAUCUGUUAUUUAUUUAAUGAUUCCAGCAGAAUUGGUACAGGUGUCACAGCUUCAUAUCUCCUGCCUCAGCCUGUGACCAUUCUGUGACUAUGUGAUUGCCAAUGCCCAGUGCUUUUUCUGAGACCCAAGUACAUGCACUAAAGCUUUGCUUACAGUGGAAUGAUUCUUGUCUUAAAUCUGUAUCCAAUUCAGGUGAAAAUCACUUCCUGCUUAUGAGCAGGACAUGAGGGUGAAAGCUGUGACCCUGCAGCACACACCACUGGUGAUCCAUGCUGGUUAAUUGAGACACUCCGUGUUUUACACAGAGUGCUCUAGUAGGAAACCUAAUGCCCAUUUCAUUCAUUAUCUCAUUACCACAGCCUUCUGUAUCUCAGAGAAAUAUGGGCUACCAUUGGUUUUAUACAGCUGAUGCUUUGGUAUUUUCUUAAUCUCUUUGCUACAACUCAUUUUUGUAUGUCUCCUAUUGUCUACUUCCUGUGACAUAUGUGGGAGAGGAGUAUUAAAUACUUUUUACCCUUCUAGUAAUGUGGACCCUCUUAGGCCUAACUUCAAUGUUCUGCAAACUACAGUUGCCUUUAAACCAUGAAGCAAAACUAGUUUGUAUUACUUGUUUUGACUGGUUUUGAUUUGGAACAGAGAUCUAAUGGGAACUUCAGUAAGACAUUAUUCUUUUUUUCCCUUUUCUUUUAAAAAGCUCUAGUGGAGGUCUGCAAAGGUGGUGUACAUGUACCACCUUUACACUGUAAAGAUUUCUGAUUGUAGUUGCAAUGAAAACACAGUGUUUGAGUGUGUCUCUACAGAAUUCUCUAUCUUUGAAAUUGCUUUCAAUUAAAAAACUGGAGGAAAUACCAUGAAAGGAUGUUUUGGAGUCAUGUCAAUGAUCGCAUGUGUCAGACAAAAGGCAAAAAAUACUGUCUUACAUGACUUAAAAGAGGUGCAACAAAACACAUUUUCUGGCUUCUGCUGAGCUUCAGCUUUUUGCUGUUCUGGGGUUUACCUUUACAUAAGCUCUCAUACCAUACUGUGCAAGUUGACUGCUGCAAGUCAGGGUGAGGCAAAUGACACAUUUUCACCUGUGUUUUCAUGAAAAUCCUGUGCUUGAGCAACUCUUUCAGAAAUGUGGUGAUGUGUAGGAACUCCACUGUUCUGGAUACAGUGAUGCACUAGCUAGAAGUCCUUUCAUGUAUAGCUAUUGUGUGGAACUUUGGGAGUUAUUUUGUCUUUUAUUUGACUGGGUUUGGGGUUUUUUCUAAUAUGGAGAAUAAUUAUUCCUCAUAAAAUCUCUGGAACCAACCAGUAUUGUGGGCUAUUUUAAUUUGGAGACGGUUUCAUAAUAAACAUAAGUAUUAGAAAUGUA